AUGCCAAAAAAAUUUAAAGGAGAGAAUACUAAAGUUACUGCUGCUAAAGAACGUAAAAAUCAACAUAAGAUAGAAACAGAAGCUAAAAAAAAAGCGGAUAAAGAACGUAAAGAAUCAGAAGAAUGGGCUGUCGGUGCAAAAGAUAUUUCUAAGAAAGAAAUACAAAAACAAAAGAAGGAAGCUCAAUUAGCAAAGAAAAUGGAAGCAGCGCGUAUAUUAGAACAAGAAGAAAAAGAGCUUUCAAAAUUUAAGCCUAUAAUAAAUGCAACAGGGGAAGAGAAAAAAGCAAUGAAAAGGACACAAAAACACGAAAAAGUUUCUAUAGAAAAGCGUGAAAUUCCAGAAUUUUCGGCAUCCAAUAUUGAUGAUGCAUUAGAUUUAUUAUCAAUAGCCACCGAUCCUUCAGCAAUGGGUGGAAGUUCAAAUAUCACAAGUGCCCUAAACAGUAAUAGUAAAGUAACAAUUGAUAGGCAUCCGGAAAGAAGAUUUAAGGCGGCUUUGUCAGCUUAUGAAGAACGCGAGAUGCCAGGAAUAAAAAAAGAGAAUCCGGGAUUGCGUUAUACUCAAUAUCGGGAUUUGAUUUACAAAAAUUUUCAGUUAUGA